GCAGGUCCCAAAAGGUGGCGAUUUUCCUGGGCCGGCGGCGCCCGGGCGCAGGUGGAGAGGCCGCGCUGGCCGCUGCUUCGGCCUCGGGCGUCGGGAAAUGGCGGCGGGGGGCAGGAUGGAGGACGGUUCUGUGGAUCUCACCCAGAGUGUUGAAGAUGACCCCCUUCUGGACACCCAGCAUCUCCCACAUCAUUCAUUACACGCUCAUUUUAGGCGCAGCUUCCAUCCUCUUCCUACAGUCAUCAUAGCAAAUCUUCUCUCGUUAAUACACGUUGUGUUUGUUAUUUUAGCGUUUUUAACAGGUGUACUUUGUUCUUACCCUAAUCCAAUUGAGGACAAGUGUCCAGGAAACUAUACCAACCCACUGAAAGUUCAGACGGUCAUAAUCCUUGGAAAAGUCAUUUUGUGGAUUCUGCAUUUCCUUCUUGAACGCUACAUCCAGUAUCACCACAGCAAGGUCAGGAGCCGAGGCUAUAACAUGAUCUACCGAUCGACGAGGCAUCUUAAAAGACUGGCACUGAUGAUACACUCUAUGGGCAGCACAGCCCUUCUCCUCAUCCUGUGCAUGCAGCAUUCCUUCCCCGAGCCCAGCAGACUGUAUCUUGACCUCAUUCUGGCCGUCCUGGCCCUGGAACUGGUCUGUUCCCUGAUGUGUCUGCUCACUUACACAGUGAAAAUUCGAAGAUUUAAUAAAUCCAAACCUCAGCCUGAUGUACUUGAAGAAGAAAAAAUCUAUGCUCACCCCAUCAAUAUUACCUCAGAAACUGGAUUCAGGACUAUUUCAAGCCUAGAAGAAAUUGUUGAGAAGCAAGGAGACAUAAUAGUAUACUUGAAGCGGCACAAUGCCCUGUUGAGUAAGCGGCUGUUGGCUUUGACUUCCUGUGACGUAGGCUCUCAGCCAAGUAGAAUGUGAGAGGCUCAAGGUCCAGACAACGAUCGCAGAGGAAGCCAGAGGAAUUUAAGACUGACUACCUGACAAGCUGUCAUAGGGAAUUGCAGCUUUUGCCAAGUAGCAUUUUACAGCUUUUGCUGGAAACCUGAAUUUGGUUCUCACGUAUGUGGCUGUUUAAUAUGUAAGGGCUUGUGGAUCAUUUGAAAGAUACUUUGUAGAGCCUUGAUAACUCAAGGACAGUGUUUUGCACAUUUUGAAAUUAUUUAACUCUUGGUUUAUCCUAACAUCAAAAGUAUCAUUUAAACAUCUCCUUGGCCAACACUUCUUUCACAUGACAUUUGAACCCUCUAACAAUUUGGCUAUUGCUCGAGGAAGUCUGACAUGACAAUCUAUUUAAAACAGGGCUGUGAUCAAAUAAGAUCUUCCCACUUUUAAACUGAGGAGAGAAGUCAUUAUUUCUUGUGGUUAAUGUUUUUUCCCAUGGAGCCUUGUCAUGUGUUUUAUAUGCUUGUGUGGUGUCAGAGGACAGCCUGGCCCGUGUAGCUUUUAUAAAGAAUUCCCUCACUUAGGACAGGGUGUCACUAGGUGAUUUACUAUGCAAACUCCUACAGCUUCCCAUUCUCCAGAAAUAAGAGAUGGAAAUGACUCGGACCAGCGUUAGACUGACCAGUGCUGCUUGUUACAUCAGCAGCACUUUCCAUUGGCAACAACUGAAAUACUUAGAGAAGACUUUAAACUUUCUCUUUAUUUUCACCCUUCUUCAAAAAGUUGCCCUGUAUUUCAGUAUUGACUAAACCUCACUGGAUCUGUAAGUUCAGUUAUAGGAAAGGGAUCUUUUGAGGCUUUAAGUUUGUCUAAAAAGAAAAAAAGGGACACCUUUUUUAGUCUUCGAUUAUAUUUAAAAAUUACGGUGGAAAUAAACUGUCAUAUCAACUUAUAUGCAGAUAUUAAACAUGUCUAAUUCUCCAGA